UAGAAUGCAUGCUGUUCUUAAUUCAAACAAUACGAUUGCAGAAAACUAAAUUCAUCAUCAAAUAAACCUAUUUUAAAUACUUUUCGUAGUUGCUAACACGAAGAAAAAUAAGGUACAAAAGUGGCUCAUUUGUUCUGGAUCAAUCGUUAUAUUGAUACAUAUUAUCAAUUAUAUAUUUUAGAGCAAGUACCUAAUGGAUUCAGCAACAAGUGUGGUGGCAAUAAGCGUCAUGGUAACAGUGCUAGUAGUUCUAGUGCUAGCAACAACCGAAACUUCUUUGAUAAUACUAGCACUGGGAGUAGUAACUUUUCUAGCGCGACCAACAACGGGAAUAGUCAUCAAUGCAGUAAUGCGGGCAAUCCAAGUGACCACUUUCGCUUUACAAACACCAUUAGCGACAGUACAAUUAAUCAUAAUGAUAGCAUUGAUAAUGACAAUCACAGUGCGAGUGAUCAUAAUGAUGGUACUGAUGAUAGUUACAGUAUGAAUGAUUAUAAUUCCAGCAAUAGUAACAAUGACGAUGACUGGAAUAAAAGAGAGCAAGAAAUAGAAGAGCAACAGCGUUGGAUCACUGUUUUUCUCGUCUCAAACUUCAGCUAUAGUUAUGAUUCAGACCUCAAUAAUGAAGAUACUCACACAUUUGAUAAUUCCUUUGACUGCCUUAAUUAUUUGUCAUCAAUUGACAAUGAACAAGUAUUAGUAGUUGUUGCUGAUGAAUAUGCAGACGAUCAGCUAACUUUGAAAAAGUUGCAAGGUUCACUAUCAGUAUCCGUUAUUUAUCGUAAACUUGGUGGUCAAGAUCAACGACCAUUGUUUAUCGAUAGAGAACUAAAAGAUAUCUGCCCGAAAAUCCAAUGCUCAUUUACUGAUGAAAGUCCAUUUUUAUCGCCAUUUUGCAAAAUCCUCGAACGAAAUCUUUAA